CGGGGCCACAGCAGCUCCGCUCCAAAGCCUGAGCUCUUACAUGAGAGGGAGUGAAAGUUUACAGAGAAGGAGAAGAAGCAGCUGACUUUUGUCUUUGGUCUGUCUGUUGGUGCAGCGUGCAGGCGCACACGGCCUCAGGGGGGGACAGUCCUCAGCGGCGACAGCGAAACAGUGAAAGAAGGCGUAACCCCAACUCUGACACGCCAUCUUCAUCAUCGACAUCAUUUUCCAAUCAAAAUGCGGGCUAUCUGGUGUCUACCCUGCUGCAUUGUCAUUCUGUCAGCGCUAUUAGAGCUGGCUUUUGCUCAGUACGAACAUCUCAGCUACCCUCCGGGUUACCCUGAGCCAGAACAGGAACAGUACACUGCCCCACAGCUGUUGCCAGACACACCCAGGAUUCAGCUCCGAUUAGCAGGAGAAAAGAGGAAACACAACGAGGGCCGCGUGGAGGUUUUCUACAACGCCGAAUGGGGCACUGUCUGUGAUGAUGACUUCACUAUCCACGCCGCUCAGGUGGUGUGCAGGGAGCUGGGCUAUGUGGAAGCCAUCUCAUGGUCACCAUCUUCAAAAUAUGGGAAAGGACAAGGACCCAUCUGGUUUGACAAUCUCCACUGCACUGGCAAAGAAAAGACCUUGGCGCUGUGUCCCUCCAAUGGAAUCGGUGUUUCAGACUGCAAACACACUGAAGAUGUAGGCGUGGUGUGCAGCGACAAGAGGAUCCCGGGUUUCAAAUUUAUCAACACGCUGCCCAACCAUGUAGAGAACCUUGAUAUUCAAGUGGAAGAUGUACGUAUACGAGCCAUCCUGUCAUCGUAUCGCAAGCGGAUCCCUGUAACAGAGGGCUACGUGGAGGUCAAGGAUGGUGGUAAAUGGAAGCAGAUCUGUAACACAGAGUGGGACCAUCUUAACAGCAGAGUCAUCUGUGGCAUGUUUGGCUUCCCUGGGGAGAGGAAAUACAAUGCCAGAGUCUACAAGAUGUUUGCUCGCCGGAGAAAGCCCACAUACUGGGAUUACUCUGUGAACUGCACUGGCAAUGAAGCCCAUUUGUCCAGCUGUAAACUGGGCCAGGCUACAUUACUGAAGUCCAAUGGGACCUGUGCUGGUGGGUUGCCUGUGGUGGUGAGCUGCGUGCCCGGCAGAGCCUUUGCCCCGACACUCAUGACAGGAUUCAGAAAAGCCUUCCGACAAGAGCAACCUUUGGUCCGUCUUCGUGGUGGGGCCAUCGUAGGCGAGGGCAGAGUGGAGGUGCUGAAAAAUGGAGAGUGGGGCACCAUAUGUGAUGACAACUGGAGCCUGCUCUCUGCCUCCGUAGUGUGUCGAGAGUUGGGGUUCGGUACGGCCAAAGAAGCCCUCUCUGGAGGUCGCCUGGGACAAGGUAUGGGCCCAGUGCACAUGAAUGAGGUGGAGUGCUCUGGAUUUGAGAAAUCCAUCACAGAGUGUUUCUUCAACAAGGAGGCUCUUGGUUGCAGCCACGAGGAGGAUGCAGCUGUGAGAUGUAAUGUUCCUGCUAUGGGCUUCCAGGAAUCGCUGCGUCUGAUGGGAGGUCGUAACCCUUAUGAGGGCCGUGUGGAGGUGCUGGUGGAGAGGAACGGCUCUCUGGUGUGGGGGACAGUAUGCAGUGAAGGCUGGGGAACCAUGGAGGCUAUGGUGGUCUGCAGACAGCUGGGCCUGGGUUUCGCCAGCAAUGCUUUCCAGGAGACGUGGUACUGGCCAGGAGAAGUGAGUGCAGAUGCUGUAGUGAUGAGUGGCGUUCGCUGCUCCGGCACUGAGAUGUCUCUGUCCCACUGUCUGCACCACGGAGCCCACCUCAGCUGCCCUAAAGGAGGUGGCCGCAACGCUGCUGGAGUCUCCUGCUCGGAGACGGCUCCUGACCUGGUGCUGAACCCUCAGGUGGUGGAGCAGACCACCUACAUGGAGGACAGGCCCAUGUUCAUGUUGCAGUGUGCGUACGAGGAGAACUGUCUGGCCACCACCUCCAGCCAGGUGCCAGCCAACUCCUACCGCCGCCUGCUUCGCUUCUCCUCCCAGAUCCACAACAACGGCCAGUCUGAUUUUCGGCCUAAAGCUGGCAGACACUCCUGGGUGUGGCACGACUGUCACAGGCAUUAUCACAGCAUGGAGGUGUUUACUCUCUAUGACCUGUUCAGCCUGAAUGGAACCAAAGUGGCAGAAGGACACAAAGCAAGUUUUUGCUUGGAGGACUCAGAGUGUGACGAAGGUAUUGAAAAGAGGUAUGAAUGCGCCAACUUCGGAGAUCAGGGUAUCACUGUGGGGUGUUGGGAUACAUACAGGCACGACAUUGAUUGCCAGUGGAUCGACAUAACUGACCUCAAACCUGGAGAUUACAUUUUCCAAAUAGUAAUCAAUCCAAACUAUGAAGUACCUGAGACAGACUACUCCAACAACAUCAUGAAAUGCAGAUGUCGAUACGAUGGCCAUCGUGUGUGGAUGUACAGCUGCCAUAAUGGCGGCUCAUUAAGCACUGAAACAGAACAGACGUUCCCGGGCCUCCUCAACAACCAGGUGACCCACAGGUAAAGACAAAAGCAGAGGAGAGGAGUUGACCGGUAGUUACCCCACCGGCAGGGAGGCCAUCCGAAGCCCACCAACCACUACACAUCUCUAUCUGUGCUAGAUUCCUCCUGCCAGCCCUGGUCAAACCAUCUUUUUAUGCUCUCCGUCAUCCUUGAGGCAGCAGUGUUCUUGGACCCUCCACCCUCAUUUGCCCCAUCAACAGAAAGAAUAUUUGAUUCCCUCUCCUGUCCAAACAGGGGCAGCUACAGCCUUACCAACGCUUCCAACCUCCCUGGUUAAGAUAAAGAGAAAGUCAAAGCUCUCCAUGUGCUCUGUGACUUUCUUCUUCUUCUUCUUCUUCUUCUUGGAUUGAAUGAUAAAAUAAACCUGUGAGGAAGAGGCAGGUAAUUCACACAAAGUGCAGCAUUGGAGAAUGUCAUCAAGAAUGUGUCUUCGCCGCACAGAAGCCUGCUCCAACGGUUUUUGUUCGAAGCUGACUCUGCUGGGGAGUUUGGAUGUCAGUGCCAAGUCGCCUGAGGACUGAGAGGAAUCAUCAAUAACAGCAGCUGUCUGUGUUCGGAAAAAAAAAAUGCAGGGCACAUUCACAUUUCAAGAGUUUCAGAAAGUGUCUUUUACACACUAAAGCCCACAUCCAAGUUACUGUUUGUGUCUCAGGCAAACAGUGUUUCUUGUGCAUGUAAGUUAUUUAAGCUGAAGGCACAAGCAAGUUCUCUAAAGCAAACAGCCCAUCCAUUACGUAAUUCACCAAGUGCCUUAAACUUUCAAAAAGCCUUUUCCUACAUAAGUGGAGCAUAUAUUCUCUGAUACUGCUCUGGAAACUAGUCCCAUUACAGUCCCUUGUGGGUGCUGGUGUUGCCAAGUGUGUCACUAUGUCAGUCUCAAUUAAUCCAGAAAUAAUAAUGGUUGUCUAAGGAGAAAAUGCUUGUUUUGGGGCAGCAAGGGAAUUUUUUACUGCAAUACCACAAGUGGCCACUGGGUAAAAGUGGGAGCAGGAUUAAGCAUAGCCAUGGAACUAGUUCUAAUUAAUAUAAUGAUGUUUCAGAAUGAGAUCAGCUUCAGCUCCCAGACGUUGCCUUGUUGUUCUGAUGUGUUCAUAACUCUUUUUCUUUAUGAUACGUAGCAAUAUUUUAUUUAGAAAAUGAAUAUGGGACCUUUCUUCUUUUUCAGAGUUAGUUAGUUAGGAGAGUUAAUAAGUUAUUAUUAUUUUAAACAUAAUUCUUUUAAUUAACCCAGUUGUUGAAAAAUAGUGAUGGAGAGUCAGAGUCCAAAAGGGAGGAGGCUGUUGUUUAUUAGCUGUGUUGCACUAUUAACUUUUAUUGAACUUCCUCUGUCAGAGUAUUACCUCCUGCACAAAAGAGGAAUGGUUUAUAGACAGUUAUGAGACAGGGGUUGAUGGUACACAUAUGUCUUUUAAAUAAAACGUGUAAACCCCAUUAGGAUUAGGAGCUCCACUAGGAGCUUAAUCUUCCCUCUCCAAUAACUUUUUUAUUAAAGAAAAUGAUAUAAAAUGGUGAACACAAUGCCAGGGGGAAAACAGAACAGCAGAGGAAAAAAUAGAAUCUCUGGGAGCUGUGACUGACUAGCACCAUUUGUGUUAGCAGUUAGCUCACCAGGCAGCAGUGGGAGAUGACCAGCUUGCCCCCAGAGUACAGUCCCUACGUCACUGAACUUCUAGAGUCAAAUAUUUUGCAAAGGUCCAGAUUAAUUUCGCUGUACCACUCUCUGCUGUUACCAGAUCUUGAAGGUCCAUUGUGGAAGAUUUAGGAGGAUUUAGGCUGAGAAGUUAACGACAUAGUGGCCAUCGAAGGGAAAGGUGAGAGAAGGAGCGUUCAGUUUGUUGGAGUCUUUGACCACUAAAUCCUACACACUGGUUCUUUACAGUGACAGCGACAUCACCGACUAACAGCCAUGUAGCAGCCCAAGAUGCAACAUAAAAGACAAACAUUAGCUUCACAUUAGCUUUCUAGCUAUCCUAUCCUAAUGCCUUCUUAUAUCUGCUGCAGAAGCAUGAACCUUAGCUGAAGGAGGUAACAACUAAACACCAAGGCGGUUUGUAGGGUCUGACAUUGGUUUGUAAGUUACAGUCACCAGAGCAAGUUUGCUUACUUUGUGCUUCCAGGGCCCUGUCAAUAUAGUAUAAUCAAACAUCUCCACCAGUACACCAGCUCACAAGCUUGAACGCUGGACAACAUGUCUGAUGCUGUUAUUCUGAAAGGUCUUUUUUCUUCAUAUAAAUAAUAAAAACAUCAAAAAUAAGUGUAAAUCUUUAAUCUACAUAUAUGUUACAGUGUGUCUUAAAUCCUCCACAGUCAGUGGGACUCUGCCAACUCUUCAGGAGGACCAUUGGAUUGGAUUGACAGUAAUAUGCUUUCAAACAAAGGAAGGUUCCAGCCUUUUCUUCUCACUGCUUUAUAUGUUUCCUUUACCAGGAAGCAGAAGAUGAUUUAAAUCCUCUUGUGGCACAGAUACCUUCUUCUUAUGGCUGAGAGAGCAUAUGGAAUAGCAUUUCUCUCUGUUUAAACAGUCAAAGUUGCAAAUAUGUUGUAAUUCUAAGAUACAUGAGCAACUUAUUGUCAUUGAUAAUUUUUUUUUCACAGUUUUAUUUCUUGUUUUGAAAAAAAUUACAUUACCUUCAAUAAUGUGUGUGAAUCCCAUUUUAUUGUACUUUUUGUAAUGGUGCUAUCAAACUGGUCCUCUGUUUUCUGAGGGUGCAGUACGUGUUGAACAGCUACAUUAUGUAUACUAACAGUAUACUUGAACUGAGCGUAAGAAACUAUGUGCUUUGUGUGUUAAGCUGUAAUAAAGGUCUGAGUUAUGGAGCAACCACA